AUGAAAGGAUGGCAAAGAAGAUUUGUGGUCCUGAGUGAUAGCAGACUUAGAUAUUACAAAAAGCUAAACGACCCUCGCCCUGUUGGAAUAAUCAAUUUAUCUUUGGUGGAUGCCACUUUAGAAAUAAGUGACAAGAAAAAGUUAAGGUUUGGAAUCUGAGUGAAGGGAUGUAAAAGAAUAUUCAGGUUUAAAGCAAGGACACAAGAAGAGAGAAAUCAAUGGUGAUCUGCAUUUAUAAAGAGUAUUGAAAGAAAUGAAUCUAUUGAAAAAGAUUCUUAUUUAUUGCAAGAAUCAAGAUUUUGGAAGAACUGAGAUAGAGUAAAUGAAGUAACAUUCUUAAACGAGGCUGAUUCAGGAGAUAUUCUUCUCUUUACAGGAAAAACAGUGAUAUCUGGCAUCACCAGGAAAAUUACAAAUUCUCAUUAUGACCAUGUAGCUAUGGUCCUUACUUUCCUUGAAGAUGAUGAAAUAUACUUUUUAGAGUCGACAGCUUCUGGAGUUCAUGUCACCACCUGGACUGAAUUAAAAACUUAUGUAGAUGAACUCUACUCGAAAGUUGUUUGGAGGAAGCUUUACUGAGAAAGAGACGACGAUUUUUGAGAAGUUCUUGGAACUUUUAUAAAUGCUGUUGACAAUAUGGGAUAUAAAAUUUCUAUAAGUAAGCUUUUAAGAAGAAGAUCUUUAAUGCCCAGAGAAAGUGAAGUCCUUGAUCAAAAUCGUAUCGUUGAUAAAAAUAGGACUUUCUUUUGAUCAGAGUUGAUUGCAAAGGCAUAUAAGACAUUAGGAUUAUUGAUUUCCACUAGAUCUUGCACAACGAUUUAUCCAAAGCAUUUUUCAUCCAAAAAGAAUCUUGAAUUGACAAACGCAAGUCUGGGAGAAGAAUUAAGAAUAACUUUUUAG